AUGUACCCGCACGUAUGUGCGAUAUUGAUUCCAAAACCUAAGUUUAUCAUAAAUUUCUCCUUUCUCUUCUCCUUUCUCUUCAUCUUCACCGUCGUCUCUCGCCGUCGUCGUCCCUCGCCGUCGUCGUCCCUCGCCGUCGUCUUCUCUCGCCGUCGUCUUCUCUCGCCGUCGUCUUCUCUCGCCGUCGUCUUCUCGGCAUCGGCGUCGUCUCUUCUCGGCGUCGCCGUCGUCUUCUCUCGCCGUCGUCUUCUCUCGCCGUCGUCUCUUCUCGGCAUCGGCGUCGCCGUCGUCUCUUCGAUCGAUCGACGUCGUCUCUUCUCUCUAUCGCCUUCGUUUCUUAAUUACAUAUUUCCUGGACUUAGUUUAGAGAUGCUUGAACUGUAUUCAGUUUGUGGAGUAUGGAAGUUGAAGCAUAAUAUUAAAUGGGAAUUUGAAAUUGAUGAUGAGAGGGGAGUUUCUCUAAUUAGUAUUGAUGAGGGAACUAGUUUUAGUGAUUUGGUCAAAAUUCUAUACGAAGAUUUUGCAAUUGAUAAUCAGAAACACUCUCUAAAGCUUAGUUUGCAGUUGCCUUCUAUGACUGCAACACUAGGUAGUCAUCCAAUUUUUAUUAGAAAUGAUAGGCAACUGGCAACUUUUAUGAGAAUUUCUGCACAAACACAAAGUAUUCAUUUAUGUGUUACUGUAGAGGAUAACUGUGUCAUAGUUGAGCAGGAUCAAACUAGCUCAUAUCAGUUUGUUGCAAGCGAUUUAUCUUCUGCUUCUCAUUCUCAGGUUCCGACUAUGCCUAAUCCUCAUGCUGCUACUUCUGGUCUUUUUACUUCCACUGAGGUACCUAGAACGUCUACAAUCAUUAAUCAGCAGCCAGUUAUAUGUAACCAAACAACUUCUUUUGGGGCUAUUGAUGUUUCUUGUCCAAAUCGUACUCAUGAUCAAACUAGCUCAUAUCAGUUUGUUGCAAGCGAUGUAUCUUCUGCUUCUCAUUCUCAGUUUCAGGUUCCGACAAUGCCUAAUCCUUUUGCUGCUACUGCUGGUCUUUUUACUUCCGCUGAGGAACCAAGAACGUCUACUAUCAUUAAUCAGCAGCCGGUGAUACGUAACCAAACAACUUCUUUUUGGGCUACUGAUGUUUCUUGUCCAAAUCGUACUCAGGUUCAGACAAUGCCCAAUCCUCCUGCUCUACUUGAUGUUGGUUCUUUGUUUUGCGGAAAGUUAUUCAAAAGCAAAAAAGAAAUGACUACUCAGCUGCGGAUGUAUGCGCUGAAAAACAGUUUUGAGUUUCAGACUAAGAAGUCGGACAACAAGAGAUAUGUUCUGAAUUGCAUUGAUGAAAACUGCAAUUGGAAGUUACGUGCUAUUAGAGUUAAAGGAUCAGAUGGUUUUAUCAUUCGAAAAUAUAUCAGUUUGCAUAGUUGUGACUCUACAUUAAGGAAUGUAAAUCAUCGUCAAGCAGAUGCAAAGACAUUGGGUGGAAUGGUUAGCAACCAUUUUCAAGGAGGAAAGCUUCCACUCAGACCCAAGCAACUAAUAGAAAUCUUCAGAAAGGAUCAUGGAGUUGGGGUGUCGUACUCAAAAGCAUGGAGAGCUCAAGAACAUGCAACAGAAGUUGCUAGGGGUUUACCUUCUGAUUCUUUUGAGGUUCUUCCUAAGUGGUUCCACAUGGUAGCAAUGAAGAAUCCAGGCACUGUCACUUUUAUCGAAGUAGAUUCUGCUAAUAAGUUUAAGUAUGCUUUUCUCGCCUUUGGUGCAUCUAUUCGAGGUUUUAAGUUGAUGAGGAAAGUCAUUUCUAUCGAUGGCGCCCAUUUGAAAUCAAAGUUUAAAGGGACUUUGCUUGCUGCUUCUGCUCAAGAUGGGAAUUUUAAUCUAUAUCCUAUUGCUUUUGCUGUUGUAGAUUCAGAGAAUGACGCAUCUUGGAACUGGUUUUUGCGUUGUUUGAAGACCUUUAUUCCAGACGAAAAUGAUCUGGUUUUUGUAUCAGAUCGCGCAGCUUCAAUUGAAUCUGCUCUUGCAGCAAAUUACCCCCAAGCUCAUCAUGCACUCUGCACUUUUCACUUGCAGAAAAACCUUGAAACAAACUUCAAAGGUUCUACACUUAUUCCUGUUUUUUACGACGCUUCACGGGCCUACACUACACAGCUGUUUGAGUACCUCUUUGCUCAAAUAUCCGUAGCCGAUGAAAAAUUGGGGGCAUACCUUUGGCAAGUAGAUGUUCGGAAAUGGGCUCGUGCAAUGUCGCCUUCAAAUAGGUACAAUAUCAUGACAUCAAACUUGGCUGAGUCUGUGAAUUCUUUGUUGAAAGAGACACGUGAGUACCCAAUUGUAUGCUUGUUUGAUACAAUCCGCUCUAUUAUGACAAGAUGGUUCCAUGAACGACGAGAAGAGAGCUGUCGACAUCCGUAUGCAGUUACUUCAAACGUGUCACAGAUUAUGAAUUCUUCGUAUAAUGAUUCUUCCCGCUGGCUUGAAGUCUGUCCAGUAAAUCAAAAUAUAUUUGAGGUUAAAGGAGGUGAACAAUUGCAUGUGGUGAAUUUGGAUGCUAGAAGUUGCACAUGUCGUGUGUUUGAUAUCGACAGGUUCCCCUGCGCACACGCAAUCGCUGCUGCAAAACAUGUUAAUCUCAACGAAAACAUGUUUGUUGAUGAUUUUUAUUCCACUGAUAGAUGGCGUUUAUCAUAUUCGGAAAGCAUUUACCCAGUAGGUGAUAUGACGUAUUGGGAGAUUCCAGAGACUAUUUCUAAUUUCGUCAGCCGGCCACCUUCAACUCGUAUACCUAGUGGCAGGCGGAAGAAAAAGAGAAUACGUUGUUCAUGGGAGCAUGGAAGGUCUACGACCAAAAAAAAGGCAUACAAAUGCAGCAGGUGUGGCCAGUCUGGACACAACAAAUCCAGUUGUGUAGCUGCUAUCUAAUUCCUUAUUUAAUUCAUCUUGAAUUUGUUAUUCUUUAGACAAUGUUUUACAAAAGUUAUUAUCAUAUUUUAUGAUUAUCAUUUUUUAUAAGGUU